GUUGUCCCAAUGACCGAGUAAGAAUAGAGCAGCUCCCAGGCGGCAGGCUCCUCCUGCUGGUAGUGCUUUAAAGCCGAGCCCCUGCCAUCCGAUUACAGCUGAGCCGCUGUUACGGAGCGAUAUGGUGUGGAGCCGGACUCUGGGGGAAGGAGCGGCUCCGGCUGAGAGCCCGAGCGGAGAGUGAGCGCAGCGGAGCCGGCACCGGCCAGAGACACCGAGCAGACGGGGGCUUCAAGGAUGAUCGCUGGACGGAAGGAACCCACAGGGACAGACACCGAGGGAGACCAGGAGCUCAAACUCUCCAUCCCCGGACCCAUCCAGCUCCCAAGCCACGCCGCCGCUCGAACAAAUAAACCACCCCGGGAUCUCAACCCACCUCCUCCCACAAAACCUUAAUCCGCACCACUGCCCCCCCCCCAAAAAAAAGAAACCAGGACCUCAGACCUCACCCUCCCCUCUUCCUCCCAAAAGGAAACUGAGGAGCUCAACCCACUUCCCCUCCACCCCAACAUCUAGGGUUGAAGCCCAUACUCCUGUUCCCAUCCAAUUCCAAAAGAACAUCCUGGGACCCUGUACUCCUCCCACCUGCCAGGACCCAUUCGUCAGGAUCCAACACUACUCCCCCCCCCCCACCCCCCUGUUGUAUUCCACAACACCCCAAGGCCCUCACCCCAGCACCCUCAUGACCCUGACGCUCUAACCUGAGGAGCCGGACGCUCAUUCAUCUGGCUCAGGACCCCUACUCACCUGGAACCCUCCCGUCAGCCAGGCACUGUCCUACCCUCAGACCCAGGGCGGUGGGUUCCCACAGCUGGUGGUUGUCUCGGUUACCCUGGCUGCCCCCCUUUCGGGCCCUCGUUCCAUUGCUGCGGACCCACAGGCACCGGGGAGACCAACAUGCUGUUGAUGACGGACGUGAGAUUGGCAGAGGACAGUGGGAGAACUAGGACAAGUGCCAUGUCUCCCAGUACAACCCGUCUCCUGCAGCUGACCGAAGAGGAGUGGGAGGAUGCCGAGUUUGAGGAACACGAUGAGGCAGGCAAGGAGUCUGACACCUGCAGCAUCUUGUCUGAUGACUCCUUCUACCCUCCUGACUUUCAGUCGAUUAACAGCCAAACAGCGAGCACAACAAGUGGCCCAUUCAGCCUGUACCAGGCCUGUGCCAGGAAUGAUGCCAUUGCACUUAAGGAAUUAGUGUCUCAGGAGCUGAGUGAACGGGAGGUGAUGGAGAAGGACAGGAAUGGAAGGACUGGGCUGAUGGUGGCCUGUUACCAGGGAUUCAUGGACAUUGUCUUCGUAUUGGCUGGGUGCCCUCACCUUGAUGUCAAUUGGCAGGACAAAGAAGGCAACACAGCUCUCAUGAUUGCAUCACAAGCAGGACACAUCACAAUUACAAAUUACUUGCUGAACUAUUUUUCUGGAAUUGAUAUCGAGAAGAGGAAUGUCCAUGGGUUCACUGCACUGAUGAAAGCAGGAAUGCAAGGAAAAAAGGAUUGUGUCAGAGCCCUGAUGCUGGCAGGUGCAGAUAUGAAUGCCACAGAUCCAGGAAGAGGUUUUACCCCGCAACAGUGGGCACAGUUUACAGGACGGUUUGAAACCUUCUGUCUCAUGCGUAAGCUCCUGGCCAGACCUUGUCCAGUCCAGUUCAGUGACAGGUACAAGCCAGAGUGGCCAAAAUUGAAAGAGCUCGUAGCCAAAGCCAAUGAGCCCAAGAACUGCUUGGAAAAACUCUGUGAGACAAUUAGAUCAACCCUGACCAUCAACUUUCCCCGUGAUCCAGAAGAGGAUGGGCCCCUUGACCACAUGGUCCGCAUGACCACCGCCAUCUCCAGCCCUUUUGUUGCAACCGGAUGUAGGACAGUCUGCCCGAGCAGCCCCCCUUGUGUGGGCAAGAGAAGGUUCACAGUGCAAGAGAUCCUCAGAAAGCAGAAAUCUCCGACUAUGAAGGCUUCAGCCAAGGAGUACACCAAACACCAGAAAUUAUUUCAGAACUCUCAUCUUGUCGUCGUCUCAAAGAAGAGGGAACGGAGAGCCAGCCUUCCUCCAAUGACCUCUCCCUCCAAGCACGUGGCAGCUGCUUCCUCCAGGAGGGGCAGCCUGAUGCCCUUGAGUAUGAUGAGGUGGAGCAGUGUGCAGCCUGGGAUAGUGGUGCCCAAGGUGCGUAUAUUUAAAGCACCAACGCCGACUUAUGAGCCUGAGAGAAUACGCAGAAAGAGCAGUGCGAAGGGGAGCAGCAACUUCCUGGAAUUACCCCAGUGGAGGUACAAGGAGUUGAGGGAGGAAAGAAAGAAGGCAGAGGAGGAGGAGAAGAGAAGAGCCGAAGAAGCGGAGCGUGAGAGAGCGGCAAAGCUGGCAGCAAAAAGAAAGUCCUAAAGUCAACAGGAACUCUUCAAAAGGGACGUAGGUCUAGAACAAAGGAAUUGUGAUCUGAUCCUCUGAUGAGUGGCAAGAAUUCUUAACUACGAAAAGAGGGCUAUGAACUGCGGAAAGUUUCAGAGUGAGUCGUGUUGAGCAGUGAAAAUGCAAUGGGUAAGUGUGAAAUACUGUGGAGAGUAUGACUUUAGCAACAGAAUACAGUCAGCUGCUUCCUGUUCAUUUACAUAACAUGACAUUCUCGGAGAUCUUCAGCUCACUGAAUCAGCCCUCGUUAAUUAGCAUCAGGAGAAUUAUGACAAGUUUAAAAUUGCUUAAGUCUGCGAUUGUCAAAAACCUUUAAUACAACUUGCGGACAGUUCAGCCUUCUGGUUAAUACACUGGGUAUGACCACAUCAGAGACUGCUUUCUACAGACUUCCUUGCGCAGAUGGCGCACCCUCCUCAUUUUUCUCAAGCAUUGAACAGACUGAUCAGCAUGGCCAUCGCACACUACACCACUUCAGUUGGUUGAAAGGACUGAGCAGUCUGGCAUGUCAGCAGAAGUUCUGUCCGCUGAAGUAAAUUAUACAGUGCAGUGCGCAAUUACAUUGGAUGUACAAUCAAUUGAUAUUCCAAAAUAGAGUCGAAACCACAGUUAUUGACAACCAUUGGUUCACAAACCACAAAUGGAUAUUUGCCUCCGGAGAAGUACGUUAGUUUUUGAUGGUGACUGUACUGGCAGAAUGACUAUGGAUGGCCACAACAAUAUUUAAAGGAGAGGAUGAUGGAGUAGAUUGUGAAGCAGUUAGAUGGCUAAAGGAAAGCCAGCUGCUAGUAUCAGAGUUAAAUUAUUUGCAUUACUGGCACAUAUAGUUUAGAGAAAACACUUCAAAACCUGGGAAGGGGGGAGGAUUUUAGGGAGAAAAAUCUACCUCUUUGAGCUAUAAUUGUCCUCCUAUCUCCCCUGUGUUGCUGUGCGUGCUGAAUUCUUCAUUCACUAACACUCAAUGUAGUCAUUGUGCUUCGUUCCCACAACAAAAGGGCAGUGUUGGGAAUUUGGAGUACUGUCCUCGCACUGUGUCUAUCCUUAGGUCUUCCAGGACAGAGACUAUGUCUGUGUAAUGGAAGUGAGUUCACUAAGGAUUGUGAGUUUAACACACAUCAUUCUCAGUGCAAUGUUGUCCAUUUCUUUGUUUCAAAAGAUCUGUAUGAGGUGCAAAUACCAGCAACUGUGUUCAGACUUUUUUUUUAAAAAGUGUGCAAUUAUUCUGAAAACUGAGCAGAAAUACCAAUGACAAGAUGGUCAGUUGAAGGGAAUGGGCCUCCCUACAUGGAAACACUCUAAAGACUGAAGGAUUACAGAGUGAAAAUGGGUGUCACAUAAUAGAUGUGUUGAAUGAGAAACCUGUUUAUGAAUUUAAAUGUUCUCUAUUGCUACACAUUCAGCAGAGUCAUGCUCAAGGCUGUAUGGCCCAACCAAGUGUCCCACAAGAGGUAGUGAGCUACAAAUCUGAAUAGCACUUCCUCAUUCAGUGGUCCCCUGCUUGUGAUUUUGAUCCUGUAUUUACCUCUUGAAGGGUAGAAGAAUGGGAGACUGGACUGAAUCCUACCUCUAUCCCCUAUGGCCAUUCAGGUCAAGGAGGUGCCCUUGCAGUAAACCAGCCAGAGUUCCCAGCAGAUUUAACCUAGCCAUAAGGGGGGGGGGGGUGCAAAUGAUGAAUACCACCAUUCUACUGCACUGCUGUGAUAUGUUGUCAAAUGUUCAGGGUGUGCUGCUUAAGCCCCUUGUUGUUUCUGUCAAUGAGAAGUAGAGAUAUAGAAUGUGCAACAUCAUGCAUUACAAAAUAAUCAGCAACACAAACUCAGGUACACAAAGCUCUGAACUUUACACAUAGAAUAAGACUCAGGCUGUGACACUGUUCUUGUUUUUCAAAUGCCCACUUUUUAUGCCCCUGAAACCCAUAAAAAGAAUCCAGUUGGCUGGGGAUGGAAUUACAAGGCUCCAAUCAACAAUCUGCACUUUUCCAUAUUGGAGAAGUGAGCAUGGACCUAUGGAGCAGGCUGGUCGCAGUCCAGCAGUCAGUAGGUUUGCUGCUCAGCAAGAUGUAAAGCAUUGAAUCAUUGCUAACCAUCUUCUCACCUUUGAGAAUCUAGGUGAUUUAACACUUGAAUUAUUUAGAUUAAUUGAAGCAUUUUCUUGAAUAAAAUGCUCCUUUUAUUUUCAAGUCUGUAAAACGUUCCUUGUUGGUCUCCAGCACAUUGGAGACACCUGAUUCUGUUUGGAAACACCUCAGGUGGUUUGUGAUGUCAAUCUCUUCCCAUUACCAUGAAGGUUGUAUAAUGGCAACAUUAGAUCAGGCUAUCCAAGAGGUAUGCUCCCAAAUGUGGCAGCUUUGCAAACUACUCUGUUAAGAGUCACUUUAUUAUCAAUAUUAUGAUACAGGUAGCAUUAUUAGUAGGAACACACUCAUCAUAUUCUAGGGAGGAAAUCACUUGGUGCUGAUGAUGUCCUUCCAAGCAAUUUAAGAAGGGUUUUAGCUAAAAGCAACCAGUUGCAGACCCGCAUGUCCUCAAACUGACUGCAUUGUAAAAUUGAAAUGCUAUAAAUAUUGACCAUCCCAAGCUACUAUUGCUAUGGUCUCAGCAGUGGAUCAGCUGGUUGAACAUUUGCCUGUGAAAGGGGAGGUUCUGGGUAGAAAACGAGUACUAAAAUUAAGGUUAACACUCCAGCGCAGUACCAAGGAAGCACUACAAUGUCAGAGGUAUUGCCUUUCAGAUGAGAUGCGUUUGCCUACCUAGGUGGAUAUAAAAGAUCUCGGGUCAGGUGAAGAUCAUGCUGAGUUGAGGAAGGUGGUUGUUCAAGGCCCUGGGAGUACAAGGGGUCAAGGAAGUGGUUGUUAGAUCGGCAGGUGUAGAGUUGAUGUGUGGUCAGCUGAACAGUUACCCGGGAUUCAGGCAAUCAAAUGUCUGGCUUCCUGGUUAACUAUUAAGUUACUAGAAGCAGACCCCUCUGAAGUCACUGCAUUAAAGAUUUUUUUGGAGGAGUCCAGAUACAGAAGGAUUGUCCAUUUUAACCUCCAAUUUCAUGGGCAAUUGCCAAAGAUUCUGCUAUGUCUGUAAUUCCUCAGGGUCUUGCUCUGCAACUCCAGUCAGUGGUGCAGAAAUGAUUCUUUGGCCAUCAGAAUUUCAAGAUCACUAUUUUAAGUGUUCAAGGGCGAGUAUUUAAAGCACUUUACAUCUUUAGUGUAGGUUACGGUAUUUAUUAUAGCCCUGGACUACGACCAGAGGACAAUUUUAGAUGUACUAAUAGUCAUAGCAGAGUGUCCGUCUGCACCUUGUAGAUCAUAGUUUUUAUACUAUAUCUCCUACAGCGGGUGUCCUCUGUAAUCCUUGCUGAUCUCUCCUCCCUCCAGAAAUAGCCAAAAAUCCUUGUCUAAACAAGUGACAUUGGUUGUAACAUUCACUCCACAAAAGCUUUAUUACUUUUCCAAGGCAAAUGAUUCUCAAGUAGUAUUCAGGAAGAGGAGCUUGGAAUGUGUUCUCUGUUUAUUGCCAGCAGCUAACUAACUGACCCACGGAAAACCAAGCACUAUUUCCAAUCAAUGAUGUAGCAUGUUUUAGCCCAAGGGUGGAAAUAUAUUGAACAAUAAAAGGCAAGGAACUCAGGGAUGAGGCAAUCUACACCAGCAAUAGCACACAGGAUACUUGGACAUGGUAUUUUGGUGUCUUUACUGCUAGUGCACCAAAUAGCAAUAAUUAAAAAAAAAUUGAUCUCACCUUUCCCCCUUUGUGAUGUUUUUUAGAGGGGAAAUGUUUAGGGUAUGAUCAUUAUCAAAAAUGUAAAGGUCAAACACUGUGUGUGAGAGGAAGAUGUUUAUAUGAUUUUUUAAAUAACGUGCAAUAACAAGCUAUUUUUAAAUGUAUCAGCUGUUAAACUACUUGGAUUGCAUUUUAAAAUAAUUGUACAGAUUUGUUUAAUUGGCAUUGGUGUGAAUGUUUCCAAGGUUGAUCCUUGUAAAAAAAUACUAAAAAUGCGACAAUUGUAUGCACUUGCAAGAAUGCAAAUACCCAAUGUCAUAAAUGUAAUUAUAAUGUGAGAUUCAGUCUUAAUGUUGAAAACUUGACUUUAAAAAAUAAACAGGCUGAGAAAGCA